AACAAGCUUGAUCAGCUCAAUUCUUUCUUCGACUCGGUGGGGUUGGCGAUGUUGGCCAAGACGUCGCGAGAGGAAACCUCUUCCGCCCUCAGCGUCAACACCAGUGCCAUGGGUGUCACGUGGGUGGAGCCCGGUUUCCAUGGCGACAUUCCAAACGAAAGCAAAGCUUGAGAAGUCCAAGGUGGAGGUCGUCGUCAGCUCGUCGUGCCUGCCUUCAGCUUUACUGAAGAGCGACCUGCGGCUACAGGUGGGAACCACCACCAGCAACUACUACAAGUUGGGCAACGACACGGACAACAUGACCCUCCCAGUGGUGCUGGCGUCCAUGUGGAACAAAGUCCCCAAGAGGCGCGUGAACGUGACGGAGCUGCCUGAGCCCCUUUACAUCUUCCUGCAGACCAAUUAUACGGAGAGGGAGAAAAGACUGUGGGAAAGCACGACAUUUUCUCUUGAACAUUCGGAAAAAGAAAUCGUGGUCAAAGCCUUCCGUGACCGUAGCACGAUUGUCAACUUUACCUUCACGCCGUCUAAUGUCUCAGUCUCCGUCCAGGUCAUCCUGCAGCGAGGCAACAUUUCCAACACCACAGUCUACAAUGAAAGUGAGUUCCCGCUGCCUGAAUCGAAAUGGAAAGUCCUUAGACACGUGGUGCAGGAACCCUCCUCCCUGCUGCUGCCAUCGCAAGAUGACGCCAACGAGGAGGACACAUACAGGAUAAAGGUGAACCACAACAACUCCUCGCAACCGACGGUCGUUCCUGUCGUGAAGGUGGUGACGGCAGAGAUCUCCUGCAAGACCUGGGACACCAACGCCAGCGCCUGGAAGAACUCAGGCUGCAAGGUGGCGAACGUCAGCAACUUUGACGAGGUGGUGUGCGAGUGCACACACCUGUCGAUUUUCACAGCAACUUUCUUCGUGUCACCUAACGUCCUGUCUACAGAUGACCUGCGGCUGUUCGCGGAGUUCUUCCACAACCCAGUCAUGGUCACUGUCGUCGUUCUGCUGUGGAUGACCUACCUGGUGGGCUUGUACUGGGCCUACCACGCCGACUCCCUGGACAAGGCGCAGCGGGGGAUAGCAGUUCUGGAGGACAACAGUAAGGAUGACGAACACCUGUACCUGGUCUGCACGGUUACCGGAUGGGGACGGAACACAGGAACCACAUCCAACGUCUACAUCUACCUGAGCGGCACCGCUGCUAAAACACGUGUUCACCGCCUGGCGGAUGCAGAGCGCGAUAUUUUUUUCAGCGGGGCGGAGAACUGGUUUUUGAUUAGCUCCCCUCAUGACCUAGGCGAUCUGACUUCUGUGAUCAUCUGGCACGACAACACCGGUUCCAGCCCAGAUUGGUUCCUGAAUGAAGUUUACGUGCGGGAGGUGGACGGUGACCAGGCGUGGCACUGUCUAUACAACAACUGGCUGAGUGUAUACCGGGGGGUGCUGUGUGUCGAGGUACCCGCCACCUCCGCUGAAGAGAUGGCCAAACAUCGCUUUUAUCACUUCGUCAUCAACACCAGCCAGUCUCUCCGGACUGAACAUCUGUGGCUGAGCUUCGUGACUAAACCUAAUUACAGCACCUUCAUGCGGAUGCACCGAUUAACGUGUGCCCUGUGUAUUCUCUUGACCAUGAUGAUGGCCAGCCUCAUGUUUCACGGCCUCCCCACGGACGACCCCAGGAUCAGGUCAGCACCGGGCCCAUCACCUUCAACAUCAAGGACGUCAUCAUCGGUGUGCAGACAUCGCUUAUCGUCUUCCCCAUCAACAUGCUGCUGGUGGAGUUGUUUUGCUGGCCGCGCUCACCUCGUCAUACCUACGAGACCCCUUCCUCUAGCUCGGACGACAGCUCCACCUCGAGCAGCAACGAGUCCACGGAGGACACGAAUACAAACAAGAACACCAAUGAGUCGCCGGUACAUGUAAGCGAAGCCCGGAGACAGGAAGCGAGUCUUCCGACC